AUGUGCUGGGACGAGGCGUCAUCUCCUGCAAGAAAGGUCAUUGAAUCGUUUUUCAAUGUGCUCCUGCAAUACACAACUCUUCUCGCGCUCUUCGAGGUUAAGAUCGCCGCGCUCGCCCAGAUGGAUCCUAGGUGCCCUCGCUCGCACCUUCGAAACCGAUGUGGAUCGCGCAUUCGCGAGCUUUUUCACAUUCGACCUUCGAGCUGCAACGCGGGACUUGCUCGAUCAUUACGCAUACCUGAUCGAAGCUGAAGCUGGAGCAGCCGGCACUACUAAGAUUGACCCGUACUCGUUGGAAUUGUUCUCGGAGAUUGGACGAACGGACCGAACUGAGAGCGAUGCCCUGGUUUAUGUCUACCGCGGGACAACGCUCGUGUUGACGAUGGCGAUUGACUUCAAGUGCGAGAAGGUGCACCACGAACUAGCCAAGGGCCACGCAACACGAACGGAUCCGAUGAUUCUGCCGCGUUGA